AUGAUCCGGUUCUUUCCUGGCAGACCUGUAAACUCGUUUCCAAGUGAGCUCAUUGAGAGCGCCGGCAUCAAUAGCAACUACCACAGGAACGUCUCAUCUUUGACUGGCAGCUCCUUCGCCGAGUGUGGCAAGAACUGGGACGAAGACUGGGACCCGCCUGACCCGACCGACUGGUGUACCCCGAGCAAGAACCCCGGCGAGUGCAUGCUGGGCCUCUGGUGCAACGCCUGGUGGCCUGGCUUCCGCGACCAGCCCAGCCGCGGCUGGGUCUUCGACAACACCUGCGAGUGGAUCGGCGAGAACGUCCUGGCUGCCUGGUACGACUGGCAGGAGAUCUGCUCCAAGCUCAAGUACGUCACGCUGUUCUGGAUGCACCCGCAGCGAUGGCCUCACAUGGCGUAUGCUGGCCACUACUACAACAGCUAUGCCCCCGGGUGGGAGAUCUACUACCCCCGCGGCAAGGAGGCCACCCAGCAUCCGCCCAGCUACUACUACCGUCGCUACUUCGACUGCUCGGCCACUUAG